AUGGAGAACGCAGUCUGCCCGUUGAUGGAUCGUUGUAAAUUCCUGGUACCCGAUCAUAUCACUGUUGCCGAACUCAUGCAUAUCAUCAGACGCAGAUUGCAAUUACAUCCGGAACAAGCCUUCUUCCUUCUAGUCAAUGAAAAGUCUGUUUGUCUCCAAUUCAAUGACCAUGUCUCAGCUCUACCAAACGGACAGAGAUCAAGACGGAUUUCUUUAUGUCGUGUAUACCAGCCAGCCGGCGUUUGGUUUCUCCAUACCUCUUUCUACAACUCAGGUCGUUCUUAUCAGCGAUUGGAACUGACAAUUGUUGUCAUUAUGUUAGAAUGA